UGAGCUCAACCUCAUCCCACAGCCUUCCUGGAGGCCUGAUACUCAUCUUUCUCAAAAUAAUAAGACAAUUCAGCCUUCUGCUGUCUCUCAACUAUCUCUUAUUUGAACACGAUAACCUUCUUGUUUUCCCAUCAUCAAUCAAUUUCAAUGCAUCACUCAGAAACUACACGAGUCGACCAGUCUCCUGAGGUCCCUUCAUGGCUGGAAUACCUCAACGAAAGAAUCGAGGAAGAGCGCGAUGAACUGUUCUCAGAAUCUCCAUCUUACGAGACUGUUAGGGAUCUGCUAGUCGCUUCUGAAGACGAUGACACCGCCAUAUCACGAGCGGUCACCAAGUUUUAUGAUCUCUAUAAGGCUGAAGCCGGUAAAGGUGCCAAAUGGGGAGAUCAUGGAGCUGGGGAGUAUCUCAACACAAUUUCAAUGAUUGCCUUUGAAGUCGCACCUAAGCUGUGGUAUACGAGCUGGCGGCAUCAAAGGAUCGCAGAGUUUCUGAUUGCGAUCAAAGACGGAGCAGCAGAGAAGUAUAGUGAGGAGGAUCCCCAAUUUGUCUGGAUCGGUUGGGGCCUUUCAGCUGCAGCCAGCGAGUGCUGGAAUGCUGGUCACGUUGAUCAUUACACGGCAAAGAACUCAAAAGAGCCCCAAGAAAUAUGGGCAGGAGAAUGGUUCAGUACCAACAGCUUAAUCUCCAAACUCUUCCAAGCAGGCUGUCUAGAAGACUAUGGAUAUCUCUGGGUCUCAAAAGACUUAGAAAAGACGUUUGGAAUAAGCACCUCAGGCGACGUAAAGACAAAUGCAGGCCGUCAAGCCCAGGUUCUUGCCGCAGUGAACCACAUACUCCUCGCUGGGGAGGUAUUCGUGGAGGGUGCUAAGAAUCCUUUGCCGAAAUGGAAGUUUGAGCUUAAUGCUACAAAGUGGAAGCUUUGGGCGUCAAAUAUUAAGGAGGUUGCGGAGGCGGUGGAUGAGAAUGCAAGAUGGGAUCUGAAAGAGAGGGCGCAGAAGGCGUAUGAGAAGAUGGUUGAGCUGUAUCCAGAGGCUUUCUCAUCGAAUGACAACAAUGGAAAAUAACAGUCACGCUGAAGUACACUGUAUAGUUUUAGAUCGCUGUGAUCAUUCACUUGAAAAAAUCUAGUAGCUGGACUUUGCUGGCAUGAGUACAAUCUCAUAUCCACGCCGCUUCUUGAGUUACCCCGCUUCCACGCCGUCGGCAUGAUGAGUUCCACCACCAAGCCUGC